AUGAGCAAUCAGAACCCACCCAUCGACAUUGAAAGUGUCAACCAACUCAAUCUCCCCGAACCCCCCACCAUAAAGUUUGAGUACCAGAAAGACCACAUGUUUCGAGGACUCAAGCUUGUGAAGGGACACACCGUAGCCAUGCGGACAUCCUGGAAGGAUGACGAGAGAAGCGUAUACGACGAGGGACACAAUGGACAAAUGAUUGGGGACUGGUGGCCAUGGCUCAUCUGCGCUUUGCGAGACCGGGCACACGGAUCCAUCAAUGCUGGGAUCUGUGGUAAGAAGGGUGUCGGCGCUGUCUCUAUCUAUAUGGGUAGUGCUUCGAAGAAGGGCUAUAUAUAUGACAAUAUCGAUAAUGGUAAUACAAUUGAGUAUUGUGGCUCUGAAGCGGGUACACCAUUGAUGGAUUUGAGCUUUGAGAAAGGCACGUUGAUUAGGGUUCUGCGUGCAGCCAACGACAAGUCGGAUUGGGCACCAUCUAUUGGUUACAGAUAUGAUGGUCUCUAUAAGAUCGUCAGUAAGGAACUCAUUCAAGUGCCAGAGAAGGAUAAGGAGCUCUAUCGGUAUAAAAUGGUACGGGAUAAGAAUCAGAAGCCUCUCCGAGCGCACGCCCGCCCAACUAUUGAGGAGACAGAUGAAUUUGAGGCAAAGAGAGCUUGGCUUGGUGGUGCUUCUAAAAAGUAA